CCCAGCUCAAAAAGUUCAUAUCAUGUAAGGGUUUUUUGUAGCUUUAUGUUUAGGUAAAGUUGGACGCCAUGUUUAGUCAUAUUGGGGUUUUGAUGCUGGGCCUCUUGGUGUUCCCUAUGUACUGUAACACUAAAACACCGUGUAAGAGAAAGGAGACAUGCCAAAACCCUGAAGAACCCUACACUGAUGACGCUUAUACCUUCUCCUUCUCCACCUAUUUCCCUGAUGACCCUAACAUUACCUACUGUCCUGUCAACCCGACCAUAAACUACUCGUACUGCUGCCCAAAACAAAAUCGCUAUGACUGUACGGUGGAGACGUUCGAAUGUCUGAUCUACUUCCGGCUGAACGACAACGUCUGUAAAAUCUUGGAGCCGGAGAAAGUUAUGUACAGGAAAUGUUCAUGCGGCAACUGUGUCCCCUAUUGCCCCCAAGGUGAGUGGUGUAAGCUGCAGCCGGGCAGGUGCAUGCCUGCCUGUGGGAGGAGCACGACGGUCAACGCCCUGUGUCUGGACGCACGCAGCAAUCCGGUUAAACAGACGCUGACGCUGUGUCUCCCCACUCAAUGCCACUGUGUACCAAGAGCGUAAGAACCGCUGGGCUGUCGUCUGGACCUCAUCUGAUGCUGGUGUUAGCUCCACAUCACCAGAAAAAGAAAUAUUAGAGCUUGAAAUUUACAAAUACAUUCGAUUUUAAACUUG